AUGUCACAAUAAAGAUGCACUAUAUUUGAUCAUCAAGAACCUAUAAUUGGAAUAUGUUUAUCGGAUGUAUGUGAUAGUAAGGCAAUAUCUUGCUUUUAAUGUUUCAAAUAAUUUCAUUCUCAACAUUAAAGAGAAUGCAAAACUUUUAAAAUUCUCUCAAAUUAGCUAAUAGAAUAUUAAAAAGCCUAUUAAGAAUUUAUUGAAAAAGUAAAAGAUUGUAAGCUUAAAUUCGACGAACUCUAUUAGAAAUUUUUAAAUCGAAGUCAGGAAUAUUUUGAAUAGUUAAAUUCAAUCAAUUAACUUAUGAAAGAAAAAUAUUAUUAUCCUACAGAUUCUGAUAUAGAUUUUCUAAAGAAUUAUUAUACGAAAAGAGAACUAAAUUAGGAAUGUAAUUUAUAUUAAAUAUAAAAGCCUAUUUGAUUAAUCAACUAUAUUUAAUAAUUGAAUACUUAUAAAAAUAGGAUUUAGAUCAAUUUACUUUUGAAUUAUAAAAUUAAAAGAUUCAUACCGAACAAGAUCAAACUGAUAAUUAAUCAAUAAAUCUAAAAUAAGAAACUAUAGAUGUUAUGUUUUAAUAAGGUAUGUAUGUAAUAUUCAAUUUUAGGUAUUGACUUAUUUAAAAACAAUCAUUUUUAAUAAUCAUUUGACGUUUUCGAAAAUCUUUUAAAAGUUGAAAAAUCUAAUUAAUAAGCAAUUUAUUGGAAAAGUAUUUCUCAAUGUCAUAAAAUUAAUAGUACAAUGCUUAAUGCAUAUGAAAAAAUAUAGUGAUGUUGUUGUAGAUUGUGAUAGAAUUAUUAAAGAUGAUUCCUAAUUUUAUGAAAUAUCUUUAAAAGAAAGUAAUAGAAUUAAUAAUUCUAAGUUGAAACCUUAAUAAAACACCAAAGGUAUGAUUAAGCUAUUGAAAUUAUUGAAAAAGAAUAUCCUAGAGGAGUAUUUUCAUUAUUUUAAUAACAUAUUCACUUGUUUAACUAUGAAAACAUGAACCUACAAGAUUCAUUAAAUAUAAAGAAAAUCAUUAAUAUUAUAAAUUAAAUAAUUCAUGAAAAUCUAAGUAAAAGUAAGUAAUCAUUAUUCAAUUUAUUUGAGGUACUUUCUGAUUCUUAGAUCUCAUUGAUUAAAGAAAUAAAUUAGACUUAAAAUAAGAAUGAACUCAAUGAUUUACCUGAUAAUAAGAAAGAAUAAAAAUCAAAUGAAAUAAUUGAAUAAACAUAAUUUGAAACUACUCUUAAUUCUACUUUAGAAUAAGAUAAUUAAGUUAAUUUUAAUUAUUAAUUUGGCAAAUAUAUAGGAGUAAUUUAUUAGAUAUAUAUUGAAAAGAUACCACUACAAAAAGAUUUAUAAUCUUAUUAAAAACUAAACUUAUAAGAUAACAAAUCCCCUCAUGAAGAAUUUCUAAAUGCUCAUCUCUACCAAGGUGAUAUUCUAAUUAAGUCAGAAAAUUAUAAAGAAGCUAUUAAACUCUUUGAUAAAAUUAUUGAAAGAGAUUCUAAUAAUUGGAUUGCCCAUAAAAAUAAAGGUAAAAAGUAAAAUUAAUGUUAGCUUAAUGUUUAAAUCUUUUGGAGCUUCAUGAAGAAGCCAUUCAGUUUUCCAACUUAGCUAUCUAAAUUGAUUCUUAACGUUUUGGAUCAUAUCUUAUAAGGGGUAUCAAUAUGAAUUCAUUCAAGGAAGUAGUCAACUCAAAUUGAAUAGAUAUGAAGAAGCAAUAGAAUCAUUCUAAACUGUUAUAAAUUUAGAUAAAACUUAGCAUAAAGCUUAUGCCUUAAAUGGUAAAUAAUAAUUAAGUAAAAUAGGAGUUGCUUUACAUAAUCUAGGAAGAUUUAAAGAGGCUAUAACAUAAUUUGAUAUUGCUCUAUUCAUAUUUUAAGAUGUGUCAUAUCUAAUAAAAAAAGGUAUAUUAUUGAAAUAAUAUUAGCUGAUUCAUUAUUUGAAAUAGAGAAAUAUUCAGAGGCGAUUACCGCGUAUGAAGAUGCAUUACUUGCAGGAACAACAGAUACUGAUUACAUUUAUGAGAAAUUAAAAUCCAUAUAAAUUAAUUGA